UGUGGAGAGAGGCGGAGCAGAGCCACAUACCUCCUAGCAAGUAUGCAGAGGUGGGGGCAAGCAAGGGCUAGAUGACUUCUGAGACUUUUUGUUUCUCAUCAUGGAGAAACGUACUGCCUGGACAAAGUACAAUUGUUUCCAUAGAUCCCAGAAAUCCUACCUCCUUUCAUGAGCGCAGAUCAUGGCAUUGUAACGGAUAAGGUCUGCUGUGUAAGCGUGGAAGAACGUGCGGUGGCCUCCAAACCACCUGUGACGUGCAUUGAUGGGACGGAAGAUGAAAAGGCCGACCUGUAAAUACUGCUGCAAGGUCUUCUUCAGGUCUGCUGUGUAAGCGUGGAAGAACGUGCGGUGGCCUCCAAACCACCUGUGACGUGCAUUGAUGGGACGGAAGAUGAAAAGGCCGACCUGUAUAUACUGCUGCAAGGUCUUCUUCAGGAUUCUGUUAUUCAUCGGGUGCAUGGUAUGCCUGCUGUACAUCUGCAAGGUGGGACUGGACGCCAAGACGUGUGACCUCCAAGCCCUGGACCCCAACCACAUCAAGAAUGCCCACGCGUUUGCCAGGAGGGUGGAGGAGGCACAGUGCAGACCGGCGUUUGCAAGACUGGAAAUGAACCGCUUGUUCCAAAACAGAUACAACAUAGCCCUGGAGAGCUUUGUUAAGAAGGACAGGAACUUAAACGAACCUUUGUAUCAGUAUGGCCCACCUUUUGGGUUCCGUCACUACCUCAAGGAACUUGAUGACAUUUUGGACAUGAUAACCAAUAAUGAUCUUCCCACGAGACCAGGUUCCAAAGACUGCAAGCGCUGCAUUGUCAUAGGGAGCGGGGGAAUCCUCCAUGGUCUGCAGCUGGGGCAUGCCAUCAACAAAUAUGACGUUGUCAUCAGAUUGAACAAUGCUCCGGUUCACGGCUACGAGAGAGAUGUUGGGAACAAAACCAACAUCAGAAUGACUUAUCCGGAGGGGGCGCCGGUGUCAGAACAGGAGUAUUUCAGUAACAGUCUUUUUGUCACCGUUCUCUUCAAAUAUGUGGACUUCUUGUGGCUUCAGGCCAUUCUGAAGAACGAGACGCUGUCCACCUGGAACAGGCUGUUUUUCUGGAAGAGCGUCAACGACAAACUGCCUCUUAAAGCUAAUCAGAUCCGGAUCCUGAAUCCACUCAUAGUGAAAGAGACGGCCAUGGAUAUCCUGCAAUUUCCCCCACCUCGGCAGAAGUGGUGGGGCUGGAACAAGAAUGUGCCUACCAUUGGUGCCAUAGCCAUGGUCCUGGCCACCCAUUUAUGCGAUGAAGUGAGUAUCGCCGGCUUUGGAUAUGACCUCAGUCAGCCGGACAUACCCUUACAUUACUAUGAUAACCUGUGUAUGGAAGCGAUGAACCGUCAACCAAUGCAUGACAUCAGCAAGGAGAGGAAGCUGCUACAGACUCUGGUGCGGGAAGGUGUGGUGAAAGACUUGAGCGGAGGACUCCAUUGUGAAUUCUGCCCCUCCCAUCAGACUCAGGGUGUCGCCACUGAUGCAUAGAUAUUUGGGUCCUAAACUGGGAUCAUCCUCGCGUGAUGAGGGAACGCUCCGUCAAGUGAUAUAAAGCCGACCUGCCUCCUGUGGAGUAUUCAUGCUUGAUGCUGCAUCAUGGUUCAUCUCCAUGACACUGUGGAAAAUCAUGGUGGUCAGCACUCCCACUAUGGGGGACCAUACGAUAUCUAAACCACUAACAUUGUCCACCCACCACCUUCUCAUGGGGCUGACAAAUCUGCAUCCAUCUGGAUGAAAUGAACACUUCAGAAACACCGUCUACAACAUCAGGCACUCAAGACCACAACUCCCAGUGUGCAUAGGCUUCCUGUGGAGCAUGCUGGGAGUUGUAUGAUAACCAUGGCAGACCACUGGAUUACGGGCUAGAUGAAGCAUCAGACACUGUGUUGUCUUAAUCAUGGUGACUUCUGCUCCUUGUAAAAACCAGAAAACCACUUCACUGUUGAGGACGACUGGACUCCAUAUUGUCCCUCCUAAAUUUUAUGAUCAGAAGGGUUGUACCAGAUGAUUUCUUCCAGAAACGGCGCUCACACAGGUUGUGUUGAGAUGCAAUACCAGAAACAACCAAUGGAAAGAUGUGGCGCUGUUUCUGGAAGUAGACAUGUUUUUCUAAUCCAGGACAAUCCCUUUGAUGAAGUGUCUCAGGACAUCCCCCACAAUUCUCCAGGCUUGUCUCGGUUUACAUAUGAUUACAACAUUACAUUGUGCAUCGGGAUUGGGAGGGCUUGGGUUACAAUCUUCAGAUUUAAGAGCAUUGACACCUACAGUUAAAAAAUAUCCGCUUCUGAGAAAGUUGGGUGACUGUCACUAUGGCCGUAGUCACAAAUCCAAAACUCCUCCAAAGGGGGUUGUCAUCCGAUGAGCCUCCAGGGCAUUAUUGCUCUGCUAGUGACAACCUUGUAGGAAGCCGUAAUACGCACGAUAUUUGGUGGCGCCCAGCUUCCUUACAAACAGAUGAAAAAAAUAAACUGGAAUAAAAAUGUUUCCAGAAGGGGAUUCUGGGAGUUUUCGCUAUAAAUGCUUCAUUUUUUUUCACUAUUUCUAUGCAGAACUUUUUUAUUUUUAGAACGAGAAAAUAGAGGAUAUUACUGAAUAUUUCACGCGUUCAAUCCAUUGCAGGCGAUGGGAUAUGCUGUGUUAUUUUGUACCAGUAUUAAGCUCUGGCCUCCGCAGGGUGAUGUAAACCCGUGCCUUUAGCCUUCCAGAGCAAGCAGAAUAAUGUGUAUGUGCAGUGUAAGGGCUCAUGCACAUGAAGGUAUAUUCUUUCCGUGACCGUUCCGUUUUUUUAUUUUUUUUAACCAUUUAUUUUAAUGGGUCUGUAUUACGGACAAGAAUAGUACUAUUCUAUCAGGGGCCAGCUGUUCCGUUCCGCAAAAUACGGAAUGCACGCGUACGUCAUCCGUAUUUUUUGCGAAACGCAAAAUACAUACGGCCCUAAAGCAGAUUCCAAAGAUAAAUCAGGAGUUAAAGGAGCACUCCAGCCCACAAAGGUAAGAAGAGCACUGCUCACAGGUGACCGUUCUAGCAAUCAGAGCUCCAGUUUUGUGAUACAGAGCUCAAAAUCCCCUGCAUUGACAAAGCUGAAUGAAUAAUUGUGGUUACUUUCCGCCACCACUAGAGGGAGCCGGAGUGUGGUUGUGAUUGACUGCUGCACUAACAGUCUGGAUUGGAGUUUUACAAUCCUGUCUGUUUGACCUCUUAAAGGACUUGUCCAAGCUUGAAAUAUCGAUGUCCUAUUCCCUGUAACUGCAAUGGACAGAGAGCUGUAGUUCCAGCAUCGACUUCCGGUGCCAGAGCCACAAGGUAACAGCUAAUUGUCAGGGGAGUGGGGUGUUGGCCUCCCCCCCCCCAGCUGAUAUUUAUGGUCUGUCCUGAGGAGAUAGGCCAUCAAUAUUAAAAUCCAUGGGUAACGGACACUCACCAAUCAUCGUGGAUUUCCAUAUGAGGAACUCAUCGGUGGGGGUUAUGGCCCCUAGAAGUGCUCAGCCUAGUGAAAGAAAGACCUCACCUAUUCACCGGUGCACCAUUCCAGCACUGAAGGUCUAGUCCUCACCAUUUCUGGUCUCCUGUAGACCUGAAGUGCAAAGUCUUAUUCAUCGUCACAUUUACUUCUGCAGCCAUUCACUGGCCUCAGAAAUCACAUUCUGCUUGGAGACACGUCAUUGCUGUCACCAGUGAAUGGCUGCCGAAGUGCACCUGACAAUGGAUAGGAUGUCCUACAUCUAGUCGCCUGUGGACCAGAAGGAGCAGGGACAGGACUAUUGGUGCUUCAGUGGAGCACCAAUAAAUAGGCGAGUGUCCUUUUUUCAUUAGGCUGAGCACUUUCAGGCCAUAACUAAAAUUACAAUGGAGGUCGGGCAACCCGUUUAAGUAAAGGAUUAAUUGCUUAGGUCUAGCAAAUUUUUCUUUUAACUUGACAGUAGACGCACAAAAAUUCAUACUUAACACCCCUUCCCCCUUAUAACUCUUGUACAUCUGUUGUCUGGGUUCAGGUGGCUGGUUUGCGUAAACACUCAGGAAUAUUGUGUGGACUGAUUUUCUUACCACUUAGACCAAUGUUUUUGUAGAGAUUUUACAUUUUUGGAUAAUUUAUUUAGUUUGUUGUACAGAACACAUGGCAGAUUUCCUGUGGCUGUAUGAUCACAGAGAGGUUGGAGUGCUCAGUCUUUAUUGCGUUUCUACAGCCUUAUUUUCCGAUAAUGUGACAUUUCAGAGGUGAGUCUUUCGAAUCCAGAGGUAUAUUUUUGGAAUUUUAUUUGAAAGAUGUUGACCCGCUCAAAUAAAUCGUUUAAAAAAGAAA